GAAUUGGGAUCAUUAAAAAAAGAGGAAAAAGGGGGCCUUCUGAGCUUCAAAAGCGAGCAAGACCUCCCAAUACCCUUUACAUCCGCCGCCAUCUUCUCCUCUGUUCUUCCCUAAAACGCUCUGUCUCUACAUUUCUCCAUCUUUCUGCUAUUGCAGUCACUUUCAUCCUUUCCCGAGGAUACGAUAAUGGCCGGGAAAGCUAACAAGGCAAAGAACAGGGGGAAAUCCCUUAAUCGGACUGCUACUGAAUCUUCAGAGUCGCUGCCUUCAAAAGAAGUUUCAGUUUCGCUAGAUUCUGGUAAUAGGGAUGUUCCCGAAGCCAAUGGUGCUGCUGAUAGUAAAGCCGAGAAUUAUGAGGAGGUGACUACAAUUGCUCCAGAAGCUACGCCAACAACAGCAGAAGCAGCAGAAUCUCGUUUGUAUCCUGUACCUGUCAAGACACCAUCGGGAGAAAAACUAGAAUUGCAGUUAAACUCAGAAGAUUCUGUAAUGGACAUCAGGCAGUUUCUACUUGAUGCUCCAGAGACUUGCUUCUAUACCUGCUAUGACUUAGUCCUGCACGCUAGUGAUGGCUCCCCUCACCAGUUAGGGGAUUAUAGUAAAAUCUCUGAAGUUGCAGACAUUUCUACUGGUGGAUGCUCCAUAGAGAUGUUUGGAGUUCUAUAUGAUGAUAGAUCUAUAAGAUCUCAUGUUCGUCGUUCCCGAGAUCUGAUUUCUCUUUCCAAUUAUCAUUCAUCGUUGUCCACAUCACUAUCCUUGCAGCAUGAACAUUCUCAACAAAAGUCUUCAGAUGCUGUCAAAGUGGAUACUCCAGAGUUAGAUGCUUUAGGAUUCAUGGAAGAUGUUUCUUGCUCUGUCUGCAAUUUUGUGGUCUCAUCACCUAUGGAUAUUAAAUGUGUAGAGAGCAUUACUUUUUCUUCUUUCAAUCCUCCUCCGAGCUAUAGACGGUUAGUUGGAGAUUUGAUAUAUGUCGACAUUAAAAUUCUGGAAGGUACCGAGCUUUGCAUCAGCGGUACAACUAAGGGUUUCUAUGUGAAUUCGAGCACAGGAAACAUAUUUGAUCCAAAACUAGCUAAAACAGCACACGAGGCUAGCACACUAGUUGGUUUGCUUCAAAAGAUAAGCCCCAAGUUCAAAAAAGGUUUUCGUGAAGUUUUAGAACGAAAAGCUUCUGGACAUCCUUUUGAAAACGUUCAGUCUUUGUUGCCACCAAACGCAUGGUUGGGUGUCCAUCCAAUUCCAGAUCAUUCCAGAGAUGCAGCAAGAGCAGAGGAUGCCUUGGUUCUUUCUUAUGGGAGUGAAAUAAUUGGAAUGCAGAGGGACUGGAAUGAAGAGUUACAGUCUUGUCGGGAGUUUCCUCACAAGAGUCUUCAGGAAAGGAUCUUACGGGACAGGGCGCUUUAUAAGGUGACUUGUGAUUUUGUAGACGCAGCAACUAAUGGUGCAAUUGGAGUCAUAAAUAGAUGCAUUCCUCCUAUUAAUCCAACUGAUCCAGAGUGUUUCCACAUGUACGUACACAACAACAUAUUCUUUAGCUUUGCUGUGGAUGCGGACCUUGGAUUUAUAUCCAAGGAUCAGAUGCCAAGUGGUGACUUUAAUCUCUCUGAAGAUCAAGACGAUACAAAGACUUCAAGUAAUACAGUCACUGAGAAUUGUGGUGACGCAUUUCAUGGGAAAUGUAAGGAAUUGAGUUCCACUGCCACGAGCACAAGUACAGGAACUCAGACUGUUUCAGAUGGUAAAUCUGUUGCUGGUGCUGAGACGCAGAUUGCUGAGAGUGAGCAGGCAACAUAUGCUUCUGCUAAUAAUGAUUUGAAAGGAACUAAAGCAUACCAAGAAGCUGAUGUUCCUGGGCUAUUCAAUCUUGCCAUGGCAAUAAUUGAUUUCAGAGGUCAUAGAGUAGUUGGGCAGAGCAUUAUACCAGGAAUCCUUCAAGGGGACAAGUCAGAUUCCCUUCUCUAUGGCUCGGUUGACAAUGGGAAGAAAAUCUGUUGGAACGAAUCAUUUCACUCCAAGGUUCUGGAGGCCGCCAAGCUAUUGCAUUUGAAAGAGCACACAGUUUUAGAUGGUUCUGGCAAUGCUAUCAGAUUAGCUGCUCCAGUGGAAUGCAAGGGCAUUGUUGGGAGUGAUGACAGGCAUUAUCUCUUGGAUUUGAUGAGGGUAACUCCCCGUGAUGUUAAUUACAAUGGACCUGGAUCCCGAUUCUGUGUGUUGAGGCCAGAACUUAUUUCUUCCUUCUGUGAGGUUGAAUCUGGAGAGCAGCUGGCUUCACAAUCUAAACAUGAAGUAGAGCAGCGGGAUUCACUAUCUAAUCAUGAAGCCCCACCAUCAUCUGAUUCUCCAAGUCUUGAUGAUAAGGAGAAUUUGAAGGAAGAAGUUGAGGAUGAUAGAAACACAGCUUCUGUUACUGCUGAAAGUUCUCAAGCAUGGAAAGAAAUAUGCUUAAAUCCGAAUGUUUUUACCGAGUUUAAAAUGGCAGGAACUGAUAAGGAGAUUGCCACUGAUGAAGCAUUAGUGAGAAGGGCUGGUUCUUACCUCGUGGAUACUGUUCUUCCCAAGUUUGUGGAAGAUCUUUGCUCCCUAGAGGUUUCACCCAUGGAUGGUCAGACAUUAACUGAAGCACUUCAUGCUCAUGGGAUAAAUGUCCGGUAUCUUGGUAAAGUAGCUAACAUGAUGAAGCAUUUGCCUCAUAUAUGGGAUCUUUGCACCACCGAGAUCAUUGUUCGGUCAACUAAGCAUAUCCUGAAGGAUGAAUUGAGGGAAACUCAAGAUCACGAUCUCAGUCCAACUAUUUCACAUAUUUUUAAUUGCUUGUUUGGGCAUGUAUCUAUGGAAGCAAAGAGUAGCGCUAGUAGUCCACAGUUAAAAGCUCAAAAGAAGGAUCAAGCACACCAUCACUCAUCCAAAAAAUCUGGUAAGGGGCAAAUGAAAUGGAACCAUGGCCCAUUUUCUAGAAAAGUUCAUUCAUCACAGACACAUUUACACUCUGAAGGAGUAUGGUCUUCCAUUCAGGAAUUUGCAAAAUUUAAAUAUCAGUUUGAAUUGCCAGAUGAUGCAAGAUUACGUGUUAAGAAGAUUUCAGUGAUCCGAAAUUUGUGUCAAAAGAUAGGAAUAACAAUUGCUGCACGAAGAUAUGAUCUCAACUCCGAUUCGCCCUUUCAGACUUUAGAUAUCCUUAAUCUCCUACCUGUUAUCAAGCAUUCUGUUCCAUUGUGUUUAGAGGCUAAGAAUCUGAUAGAAAUAGGAAAAGCUCGGUUGUCUGAGGGCACGCUAAAUGAGGCCUAUACCCUUUUUUCGGAAGCAUUUUCUGUACUUCAACAGGUUACAGGUCCAAUGCAUAGAGAGGUUGCCAAUUGUUGUCGGUAUCUUGCAAUGGUUUUAUAUCAUGCAGGUGACAUGAAAGGAGCAAUUACCCAGCAACACAAGGAGCUCAUUAUAAAUGAACGGUGUCUUGGUCUUGAUCACCCAGACACUGCUCACAGCUAUGGAAACAUGGCUUUAUUCUACCAUGGUCUUAAUCAAACUCAGCUUGCUCUGAAACACAUGUCCCGAACACUGCUGCUCCUCGGUCUCUCUGCGGGGCCUGACCAUCCUGAUGUUGCGGCAACGUUUAUAAACAUUGCCAUGAUGUACCAAGAUCUUGGGAAUCUUCGAUAUCUACAAGAAGCUUUGAAGAAGAAUGAGCGGCUUCUCGGUUCAGAUCAUAUCCAGACUGCAGUUUGUUAUCAUGCACUCGCCAUUGCUUUCAACUGUAUGGGCGCUUACAAACUUUCCAUUCAGCAUGAAAAGAAAACUUAUGAUAUAUUAGUUAAACAACUUGGGGAGGAUGAUUCAAGGGCACGUGAUUCUGAUAAUUGGAUAAAAACGUUCAAAAUGCGUGAGGCGCAGGCUAACGCGCAGAAGCAGAAAGGACAGGCGGUGAAUGCAUCAUCUGCCCAAAAAGCAAUUGAUAUUUUGAAGGCAAAUCCCAACCUGAUUCAAGCGUUCCAGGCAGCCGGGGGUGUAAACAAUUUAUCUAUGGAUAGAUCCAUUAAUGCAGCCCUAGUUGGGGAGGGUUUCCCUCGAGGGAGAGGGGUCGACGAACGAGCAGCUCGAGCUGCAGCCGAAGUUCGCAAAAAAGCAGCAGCAAAAGGCCUUCUCGGCCGUCCAAAUGGCACUCCAGUUCAAACAAUUCCUUGGAACCAAUUCCUUACCAUCCUCAACAACUCAACUGCUUCGGAAACAGAGCCAAACUCUCAGUCAAAUGAGCCCAACAAGUCAAAUGGAGCCACCGAAGGCGAGAAGGCGAGUCAGACCCCUGCUGGAUUGGGAACCGGGUUGGCUUCCUUAAAUUCCAAGAAACAAAAGCAAAAAGCCAAAUGAAGAGGCAGAUUGGCCUUGAAUCACACUUAUUAUUAGGUAAUUCAUACAGAAUCAUGAGCACACAACGGCUGUAUGAUCAACAAACAAAUGAAUUUGAUGGCUGCAGCUGGGUUUCUGCGUACAAAUUGGCAGUUGAUUUCUGCCUUUUAGAUCUUUCUAUUUUGAUUUAUUGGUAAGGGACCGCUGGAGGUGGUUUUUUAUUUUAUUUUAUUUUUUUGUUUAUUUUAUUUUGUUUUUGUUAGGAUUAGGAUGCAGCGUACCAGAACUGAGAUGCCAUUUUCUCACGCGAGAUAUCAUUGUAAAAAAUCAAAGU